AUGGCCAACUCGGCCCUCAACGCCCUGCUCAUUCUGGGCCUCUUGCUGGUCGUCCUCCCCGCGCAGGUCCAUGCUUUUGGCGCUGGCAACAUCGCUUCCAUCUCCGCCGUCGAGGGCAAGAAUUGGCGCCAUGGUGAUAUCGAAGAUGUGCUCAAGACCGUCGCCUUUAUUAAAGGUCACGAAUGGACGUCGAUUAUGAUCAAGAGGGUUUAUUUUGGAAAUUGGCUGAGGGACUACUCCCAGGCUAUGGAUGUCGGCACGCUUAAGAGUCUUCCUGGGGAUACGAUUCGGAUUCUUGUUUGGAUUCUGUCGUUUAUGUCGUUUCGGUUUGCGACGGGCGAGUUUGAGGUUACGUCGGAUAGGUUGGGGGUUUAUCGCCCGGAGGAGCAUAUUGACAACCCCAAAGACUACGCCGACAAUAUGGAUGCUCGCCAGUACGACAAGCGUCUCCGUCCUCCCGUGCGCCAGGUCGAACUCGACAUCGACCCGAAGACCGGAAUGAAGAACUACAUCGCCAACGAGCGCGGCGACUGGGAUACAAGCAGCGCCUAUAUCAAGCACAGCUUGUCUCGCAGCAUCCACUACGGACGGAUCUAUACCAGUUCUGGGCGCAAGGGAAAUGAGGAGGAUCUUUCUGAGGCGCUGCGCUGCAUGGGUCAGGCUCUCCAUACGAUGGAGGACUUUGGUGCGCACACGAAUUACUGCGAGCUUGCGCUGCGCGAGAUGGGAUUCCAUAAUGUUUUCCCGCAUACGGGUGUUCGCACUGAGAUUAACCUCCAUGGUCGUCGCGUCUUUCCGCUUGUGACUGGUACCUUUGGUAUGGUGGAUUUCUUCCAUUCGGUGCUUGGAGAGGCUACCGAUCAUUUCACCCAGUCGGAGGUUAAUGAAAUGGAUAUUGCGCUGGGUGAUGCGCAGACGAACUCGUCUGGUGGUUCCUUGGGUGCGUUCACGGGACUUCUGGGCAAGAUCCCUGGGACCAGGGAACUCGUCUCGGAGGCCGAGAACCUCAAGCGUCAGUCAGAUGUGCAGGAGACUUCCAACCGGGGCCGGGGUUCUCGUUCUGGUUACUCGACCCGGGAUCUCGGAGCGACGAGCAGAUCGGAGCCAACCCAGCAAUCUUCAUCUAGUGGCGGCUCCUCGGUGCUCCCAGACUUUGACCCCAACAAGACGAUUGCCCAGAUCUACCCCAUUCUCGCAUUCCGGGACAAGGUCGUGCGCAAGCUCACCUCGAUCAUCGAGAAGAUCCCCGGUCUCGAAACCGCCGUGGAGAAGAUCUCAGACACGCUCACUGUCUUCGUCAUGUCACUACUGGCUCCGUUCGUUCGCCCGCUCAUCAGCGCCGCAUCCAACUCCCUCCAGACCGGCUCCGCAGGCGUCAUCGAUGCAUCUGGCAAGCACCAGUACGAACCCUGGACCGACCCCAUGUGCACUGACCCUACGCACUCGCUCCUCUCCAAGGACCACUUCUCCAACAUUCUCAAUGAGCCUGCCGGUCACGUCGCGGCCGCGAUCGUGAAGUACGUCGCUCCUCGUGUCUUGUACGCCUGGGAGCACCCCAACGUCCCUGAGCAGGAGGUCAUCCACGACUGUCUGAGUGCGUUCCACCACCCUGCUAUCCGGGAUAUGCGCAACGAUGCCCAUCGCACCAUGUUUGAGGCUGUGGAAUCGUGGGUUCACUCCCGGAAGGACCGAGGCAGGAACCUGAACGAUAUCCUCGGCUCCGAGGGUGUGAAGUCUGGUAAGAACAACGGCGGACAAGUCGGUCACUCUCACGGAUCUGGUGGCCAUUCCCACGGAUCUGGUGGAUUCCCUGUUAUGGAAAGCCAGAAUACCGGUGUUCAUCAGCAACAGCAGCAACAUCAAUCCAGUGGUAGUAGUGGUGGCUCCUCUAUGCCCUGGGACUCGAUCUCCAAACUUCCCAUCCCGGGUAUCUCGAACCUGAGCAAGUUCUCAAACUUCAUCCCGGGCGGAUUGGCCAGGGAAACAAAGAACGAGCCCUCGUACUCCGAGUCCAGCAGCCAUCACACCCCGUCGCACACCUCCCACGGACAGUCGUCGUCGUACUACGGUUCCGCCAGUGGCCACCCCAGUUCCCACAGCUCCCACAGUGCUCAUGGCCACAGCAGUCACCAGCACUCCGGCGGCCAUUCACACAGCCACAAUUCGGGACAUAGCCAUGAACAUUCUCGCCACUCGCACUCCCACCAUCACGGUUCGGGCUAUGGAGGUGGUUAUGGCGGGUAUGGAUACUGA